AGGCCCCACCACCCAACCCGAACUCGACACCACCCAAUGUCCCAACUCCACGACGACCCGCAAUCACUAGGCGGCAUGCUCAGCGACCCCGAGUUCGCGGCGAUGCUGCGCGAGCCAGCGGCGUACUACCCCUUGGCCGUCAUUCUCCCGCUCACCGUUGGGCUGAUGGCGCCGUUCGUCGCCGAGGCAGUGCGCGAUCGCGCAGAGUGGCGCCCGGUCGGGAGGUUCGACGAGAAGCCCGCGCCCAAGCCGAAUGUGUUUCGACGCAUCCGCGCGACGUAUGCUGCUGGGGGGCUGCGCGAAGUGUAUGCUGGCACAGCAUACUUCGCCGCAGGGGUCAUCCUCGUCCUCGCCACCAGCGCCGGCGCAUUCCUCACCCUCCCCCUCGCCUUCCUGCCGCCCAUCCUCGCGCUCGCCGGCGUCGCCGCCAUCCCGCUCAGCGUGGGCCACAUGCGAGUCAUUGUUCGCGGGCGCGAAGUCAAGUGGUGGGAGACGUACACCCUUCCCGGCGUGUUCGCCGCUACCCUCCUCACCAUGGCGUCCGUUGUCGGGCUGUACGCCGCGGAAAUCCUCCUCAUCAUCCGCGUCGACGAGGAGGCGUACCUCCCCGCUGCGGGGUACGGCGCCCUCUUAAUCCUGUCCGCCCUGCCGCUGUAUGCCCUCGGCAUGGCGUCGACCCGCCUCAGCGUCGACGCCGAGGCUACCGGCCGCCCGGCGCAGCUGCCGCCGUACAAGGGCCUUGUGGACUGCAUGCGCCGCAUCAUCGCCGAGGAGGGAGGCGCGCGGCUCGGCGUCCUUGGCAGGCUGUGGGCGUGGCUGCAGAAGUAGAUUGCAGCACUUUUCUGUAAACGUAGUUGUGUGGCUGAGCCUCGCACACACGCAUGUAUCCUUGUGACUCGGAG